CUAUAUUGAGUAUCUGGAGAGACACAAAGUUCCCCUCAGAGAUACAGAGGCAAGUGCUAAAAAGGAGAUGACAACGGAGGAAGAGGUGGACAAGGGAGGAGAGAGCAAGCGGCAGUUCCAGUGUGUGUGUUGGAAGCUGGAGCCUCGACUGACCCUACUGUCAUCAGUCAGUGGAGAGUUCAAUCCUCACAUCAACUGGCUACUCCAGAAACUUGGCUUCAAACAUGCCCAGACCACCAUUCCCAAGUGGGUGCAGAGGGGAGUCAUGGACCCUCUUGACAAGACAGUGGCUCUCGCUGUGGAGCAGCUCAUGCAGUUCAGCGGCAAGAAGAAACUGAAAUUUCUGGCAAACUCUCCUAAGUAAAUACGUAAUCAACUGAUUAAACCAGGGCACAAGACUUGGUUUCGUGAUUAUUACAGCAGUUUUCAUGCUUCUUUGCACCGUCAAUUAAGCAUAAAGCAGUG